UAUGAAAAAUUACAAAGAAAGUCUAUGUAGUAUUUAUGUAUGUAGUAUUUACAAUGGUUAAUUUUUUCUUGAAAACAAUAUCAACAGGAUUUAAUCGUGCUGUUCAAAUUAAUGGCUUACAAAGAUGUUUAACUGUUACAUCUAAACAAUUUUAUCAUUGUAGUAAGGAAAAUUUGGAGGCAGAGAAUGAAACACGUUCAGUCAGUUAUGUACGUACCGAUUCUGACUACGGUUUUGGAAGACGUUUUGUUGUCAAGAAGAUAGAAGAACUUUUUAAACUAAAAUAUUUUGAAGCAUAUGACAUAGCUUCAAAUAACAGAGAGUUGUGGAAAGUGACUGGUAAACUAAUGACCAAGAAUUAUAAUUUAUGUAAAAGUAAUGAUGUACCUGACGAAGUUUUGCUUAAAUGUCCGACUAUUCUUGCUCAAAAAGAUCUCGAAGAAAAACUUGAAUGUUUAAAAGAUCUUUGGAUUCCAAUUUCAGAAUGUAUACCUCUAGUAGUUUUAAAUAUAAAAACACUUAAGUCAUUGGUGGAAAAUGACCCAGAAAAUUUUUUACAUCGGUUAAAACACUUCAGUGAAUUAUUUGAAUUACCAACAACUGACAUAUGCAGCUUGUUAAUAACAAAAACAUUUUUAAAGAACAUAGAUUUAGACAAAGCUGAAAGAAAUUAUAAAUUAAUUCUAGAUUACGGUAUACCUAAGGAAGAAUUACUUAGAGAUGUAUGGGCACUACGCUAUAGCACUGAAAAUAUACAUUCAAGGCUAGAACAAGGAAAACAGUCUAAUAUUGGAAGAUUAAAGACAUGGAUGAUUCGUGCAAAUAAGGCUAUUUAUAAUGGCUAUAUUAAAAGAAAAAAUGAAAAUAAAGAGAUUCUUGGUGAAUCUUCUGUAGAAGAAUAUUUAUCAGAACGUCUACGGUGCUCCCCGGAACAAAUUCAAGUUAUUAUUAACAGACACCCAGCAUUAGAACACAAAAGCAUGCCAAAAUUGAAUGAAAUUAUUGAUUAUCUCUUAUCUAAAGGAUUUCAACAUUAUCAUAUUGUACGAGCCCCAAAAAUAUUAUUACAUAGUUUAGAAACCACAAAAUUAAGACUUGAAGAAUUAGCAAAAAUAGGAAUAAAAGUGGAAAGCUUAUACAUAUUAACUAAAAGUCAAAAACAAUUCUUGCAAUAUUACGAAUCACUAAAAACCAAUCCUCAAAAUCGAUAAUCAAUAAAAUAUAUCUUAAUAGUUUAAGAAAAACUUUAUAUUUACUUAGUAUAAGCUUAAAUAUUAUAUUAGUUCUGUGAA